AUGUACCAUUUUUCUACUACGCUGGCCCACGUCCCCUCUCCACCACUCCCUCAGAGCCCUGUUGGCCUCCUAUCCCUCCUCCUCGUAGGGGCCCUCAUCCUCGCCAUCCUCCUCUGCAGAGACCACGACACCUCCGCCCGCGAACAGGUCCAUGCGUCCCUCGCCGCCCUUGAGUACCUGAUGGUUCAAGUGUGCAUUACCGAAUCUGCACGCGACGACGAACUAGCAGCCUACCAAACGGCCAAAGCCCACGCCGACGCAGAAGCAGCACUCCUCCACGCUCUGAUCGACGCACCUUACCACCACGUGGCAGCACUGGGUACUUUCAAUCAGAAGGGAAGACCUAGACCGACCCUCGUUGCCAAUGAUAGGUGCCGCUUCCCAAGCGGGGCGAGUGACUUGGUGGCGCUCGUGGAUUUGGCUUUCGAGGAGGCUGCCGAGGAGGCCAGUGUCCAGUCUCGCAGCGGGCUCAUGUUUGGCGUUGCGCUUGGGGUUGGGUUUGCGCUCGUUCUGGUUGUACUUGCUGAAUGA